UUAUUAUUAUUAUAAUAAUAACAAUAAUAAUAUAAUGACAUUUUAAAUAUAUAUAUAUAUAUAUAUAUAUAUUGUGCAUGUACUCUAUUUCAUUGUUUGUGAUGUCUCAUCAGUAAAGAUUGGCAGGUUGCAGAGUGGGGGGGACGACAGAAACAUGGCAUCUGCUCUCACAGCCUCUCCCUUGUCUGACGGAAUCCAAGCCGCCACGGACGACGGUUACUACGACUACAACAACUCUUUGGUGUACCUUUGGGAGGACGAGCCCAAGAAAUUUGGCGUUCUGUACACCCUGAUCUUCAUCCACAGCCUGGUGGGGAACAGCUUCCUGCUCUGGGCUCUUCUGGUGCGGGAGGACCUGAGGAAGACCACCACGCUCUUCCUCCUGCAGCUGGCCGUGUCCGACCUGCUGCUCACGCUGACACUGCCCUUCUGGGCCGUCUAUUACCUGCACCACUGGGUCUUCGGCACGCCCGGCUGCCACCUCCUCAUCUUCCUCCACUUCCUGGGCUUCUACGGCUACAUGGCGUUCCUGGCGGCGGUGACGGUGGACCGCUACCUGGCCGUGGUCCACGCCGUGCGGAUGCUGCGGCUGCAGUCUCGGCUGUGCGUCGCGCUCUACAGCGCCUCCCUGUGGCUGGUGUGUGUCGCCGCGAGCGUCCGGGAGGUGGUGCAAUCAGAGAGUGUAGAAACGAGGGCCGGGACGCAGUGCCUGGUGGUGCGUCAGUCGCUGAACCUGGAGCUGCUGGGAUACGCCGUGCCGGUCAGCCUGUUCUUCCUCCUCCCCUUCGCCCUCAUCCUCUUCUGCUACGCGCGCAUCUGGGCCACCGUUUCCAGGUGCAGGUCGGCCAGGCGGGCGCAGGCCGUGCGGCUGAUCUUCUGCAUAGUGCUGGGGUUCUUCGCCUGCUGGGCACCCUACAACGUGGUGCUGCUCCUGGGCGCCCUGCGGCUCCUGGGCUGCCCCGGGCUGACGGGGCCUGAGGCCAAAGAGAGGCUGGCGUACGCGUACUACGUGUGCCAAGCCCUGGCCUACUGCCACUGCUUCCUCAACCCCGCCCUCCACGUCUUCGGCAGCGGAAGGUUCCGCAGCUACCUCUCCGUCCGUCGCCACAGCAACCGGGGGAGGAGCCUGACACUCAGCACUCAGCACAGUGUCCAGCGAGCUUCCACCUCCCAUCUGUAAUGUGCUGUGGGUGCAACUGCAGAAAAACAAAGAAGGAAAAAACCAGAAGCGGGGAUGGAGAGAUUGGGACAUCAUGAAAUACUUGGAACUGAAAGGCAAAGACUUUCAGUUCCCUGGAACCACUAUGGUGAGAAUCAGCCUUGUCUAGAAAUAUCUCACUAUUUUAUGAGUUGUUUUUUUAUUUUUUUAUUUGGCAAAUUAUCUAAAAAAUAAAAAAAAACACUUAGCAAAUAUAUGUUUUUGUUACACAUUGUCCAUAAACACAGCUGGGUGUUUACUGAAGCAACUCAGGACAAGCGUGAAGCUCAUACUUUAACCUCUUAGCACAAAGCCCCCGAGAUUAAUUAUACUUUAUUAAUAUAACGCAAUUGAUAGUAUUUUCUCGACGAGAAGAACGGGUCAGGGAGAGCCCUCUUGCCCUGACGGAACGUUUGCAGCCGGAUACACGAUGGACUCCUGGAACGAGUGGAGGGUCGUGUGCCUGUCGAUCCUUUCCGUUGAGGAUGUUGAAGACGUUUACUUGAUUGGAAUUAUGAUAACAGGCUUUCUGCUGUUUGCAGCUGGCAGCAUCCUGAUUUAUCGCAAAAUGCCGAAGGCGUUGGCAGCACUAAUUGGGAAGCUGCCCGCCAUUGAGGGAACGGGCAGGGCUGUCAACACUCAGACUCAAGCGAUUUGUGAGCUCAAUCGCAAACUGGAUGCGAUUGGAUCGCAAAUUCGCAUGACGGAUACCAACUUGGAGAAGUUGUCGGUUCGGCUCACUGAAAUGGGC